AGGGAUCCCCGGGAAUGGCUGGUGAGGGAUCCCCAGGAAUGGCUGGUGAGGGAUCCCCAGGAAUGGCUGAUGAGGGAUCCCCGGGAAUGGCUGAUGAGGGAUCCCUGGGAAUGGCUGGUGAGGGAUCCCUGGGAAUGGCUGGUGAGGGAUCCCCAGGAAUGGCUGGUGAGGGAUCCCCGGGAAUGGCUGGUGAGGGAUCCCUGGGAAUGGCUGGUGAGGGAAUCCCAGGAAUGGCUGGUGAGGGAUCCCCGGCCUGCUUCCCUUGCCCUGUGUCCCUCCUUCCCAGCACCAUCCAGGCAUUUCCUUGUGUUUUCCCUCAGCUCAGGCUUCCCAGAGCAGAGCCUCCCCGCAAGGAUUCUCGGCGCCAUUCCCACUCCCGCUUCCUCAUCCCGACUUUCCUGGUGCCAAGGAUGCUCUUCCCGCUGCUCAUGCUGGCACUCGGCCUGGCAGGUGCCAUGGAGAUCCAGGUGCCGGAGGAGCCCGUGGUGGCCCUGUUUGGCCACGAUGCCACCCUGCGCUGCUCCUUCUUGCCUGAGGCCAACUUCAGCGUGGCCGAGCUGAGCCUCAUCUGGCAGCUGACGGACACCAAGCGCCUGGUGCACGGCUUCUCCGGGGGCCGUGACCGGCUGCAGGACCAGGGCCGCGGCUACGCCAACCGCACCUCGCUCUUCUACGACCAGCUGGCCCGGGGCAACAUGUCCCUGCUGCUGCGGCGCGUGGAGAUCUCGGACGAGGGCAGCUUCACCUGCUUCGUGCGCGUGCGCGACUACAACAGCGCCGCCGUCACGCUGCAGGUGGCGGCUCCCUACUCCAAGCCCAGCGUGCACCUGGAGCCCAGCAAGGACCUGAAGCCGGGCGACGUGGCCGUGGUGACGUGCCACGCGUCCCGCGGCUACCCCGAGGCCAGCGUGCUGUGGCAGGACGGCCACGGUGCCAACCUGACGGCCAACGUCAGCACCUCGCAGGUGGCCAACGAGGAGGGGCUCUUUGAGGUGCGCAGCGUCCUGCGUGUGCUGGUGGAGCCCAGCGUCACCUACUCCUGCCUGGUGCUCAACGCCGUGCUGCGGCAGCAUGGCCACGCUUCCGUCACCAUCACGGGCCAGCCCCUGGCAUUCCCGGCGGUGGCGCUGUGGGUGACGGUGGCCCUGGCCGUGUGCGUGGUGCUGCUGCUCGGCGUCCUGGCCUUCGUGUGCCACCAGAAAAUCCGGGAGAGCUGCCGGGAGGACGCGGAGCGCGCAGGGCCGGAGGAGCGGGAUGAGGAGGGGGAGGAGCCCAAGACAGCUCUGCAGCUGCUGGAAAACACGGAGAGCAGAGAGGGCCGGGAGCAGGAGAUCGAUUGACGGGGCCGGGAUCUCCCACCGGAUCUCCGUGCGGACGCCGCGGGUCCCUCUGGACUCGUUCUGCCCUUAAACGCUGGAUCCCGGCAGGAUUUGUCCCACCGGGAACGAUCCCGGGGCUUUUUGGGAAGGAGGCACCCGCUGGCCGGGUGAGGUCCUGCUCUGGGGACUCGCUGUUCCCGUGGGAUCGGGCCCAUCCCGGGAUCCCCCCGAGGGGGACACAGCCACACCCCAAGUGCCGCUGGAGUGUCCCAAUCCCGCUUCUGCUCCCGCUCCGGAGCAGGGGAAGUCCCCGAGGGCUCCUCGGCUCUGAAAUCCGGGAUCUGGGGAGGGUUUCUCGUGCCUUGACAAAUAAAUUUGGGAUCAUGUCGGUUGAA